CAGUGUGUCUGAAAGGUUCUUGACAGGAAGAGGCGGGUCUUCUUUCUCUUGUUCUGCCACCACCACCACCAUUACCACCAUUACCACCACCACCAUCACCACCACCCUCGUUCAUUCUCGUUUCUUGUCAAAGCCUGCCCACAAAUCUCUUGACUUCUUGUUUUUAUGGAUGCACCUCAUCUCGUGCUUGUCCCGCCCAGCCCUCGUUAUCCCACCUCCUCUUCUCCGAGCCCCCCGCCUUCAACAGUUCGCACAGCCCCCCCAACCCCAGAACUAACUUACUCUUCCAUUGACCAAGAGCGUAGCUCUUCAGAAACCAUAGUCUCCAUCUAUUCGAUGUAUGGUGACGAAAGCAAUAGCCUGUCUCCCGACAUUCCUUCGAAGGGCGUGAGUGCGUCCCUCGACCGCUACUCCGUUUACCGUGAUUCCCCACGGAGUACCAGCCAUAAUUCCCACGAAGGUUCUGCGUACUACAGCGCCACAUCAGACAACCACCACGCCAGUCGACGCAGUACACCUGUGCACCGGGCGUCCGCUGCUACCACCACAUGGUCGGCUGGAAGUCGCUCUUCAUCCGGCGAGACUGGUUCGCCUUACUUGGGUAUCAAUGUCCCAGACGAAGGCCCUCCCCGCCAGAGAGGCUCCAGAUACAGACAUAACUCAACUCACUCUUCCAAGCACAUAUCCCUUGACGAGGAGUCUAAACCCUUGCCAGCCCACCCGCGACACCUCGUUCCUUCAACGCCUCACAGUCGAUCGCCUUCGCAUUCCCACUCCUCACUUCCAAAUGGCAAUGCGUCCCACCAACAGCGUUCAUCCGUACAUACAUCCCCCCAGCCGACAGCACAACGUCAUAUCUCGACAGCGUCUUUAACGUCUGCCCCCUCCACUAGCGCAUCCCCAUCGAGUCCAGUGUUGAGCAAGAAGAAUAGCAAACUGUCUAUCGCCCGCUCGGAGGGCGAGGAUCCGGAUUCAUUCCACGUCAGGAGCACUUAUGCACGCCUCGACGUCUUUGGAGUGAAAGGUGAUGGCUACGAAGAGGGUAUCGAGCGAACCCGUGCUCGGGUAGGCCCGAACCGAGCUAGUGAGAUUUUGGCCGCGAACGCCGUUGGCGACGAGGCCGAGAAAAAGCGGGAGUUGACAUCACAGGAGAUUGAGAUGUUGGCCGGUCUCGACCGUUACGGAUUCAUCACCGCCCCAUCCCAUGACCGUUUAGUGCUCCUCCCGGCAACUGCUUUCACCAAACCUUUCGCUCGCAUAGCCAAUCCUGUCGUGAAUGGGACCCCGAAUCCGACCAUCUUGAAGUCUAUUCCUCCCCCUCCCCCUCCAACGCACGAAGUUGCGAGAAUGGAAAAGUGGGGACGUAUGCUGGAGCCACGAUCUCGUGAUCGCGGAGGAAACAUCGAGACAUGGGGUCUUCGGGCUCCGAAGGAGCACAAGUUGUCCCGGCGCACUUAUAAGGGCAUCCCAGAUCGAUGGAGAAGUGCCGCAUGGCAAUUGCUCAUGAGCCGGUUCUCCCAGACUGGUAAGGAAGAACUUCGGGCGCUAGAGGACGAAUACUUGCAGGCCUUGGAAUACCCUUCGUCGUAUGACAUUCAGAUCGACCUAGAUGUUCCAAGAACCAUCAGUGGACACGUCUUGUUUCGGACCAGAUAUGGACUUGGCCAACGCUCGUUGUUCCAUGUCCUCCACAGCUUCUCCUUGCGCUGUUCGGAAUGCGGGUAUUGUCAAGGCAUGGGUCCCAUUGCAUCGAUGCUUCUGUGCUAUUUUGAGCCGGAACGCGCAUAUGCUUCCCUCGUGCAACUCCACGAUAAGUACCGCAUGCACACCAUCUUCAGCCCUGGGUUUCCUGGCCUCCUCGAGUCGAUAUUCGUGCAGGAACGCCUCAUCCAAGAGAUGAUGCCGAAUGUCUAUGCUGCUUUCAAGACACAUACGAUAUCCACUACGUCAUAUGCAACCAAAUGGUAUAUCACCCUCUUCGCGAACUCUGUACCAUUCCAGACGCUACUUCGUUUAUGGGAUGUCUUCUUACUGGAGGGUCCCGACCUUUUCGUUGUCGUCGCUAUAUCCAUCAUCUGGACUUAUCGAGACCACAUCACGUCCAGCCAAGCCAGCUUUGAGACCAUUCUAUCUCUACUCUCCUCUUUUUUCGUCCCUGAAGACGAGAACGGAAUGAUGCUUUGGAUCAGUAAAGUACUCGAAGUCCAGAAGCUCCGAUCGGAUAUCCGGUCGUGGAGAGAAGAGUGGAAAGGUCUUGUGGCUUCGGGGAGGGACGGGCAGGCUCUCCUAUGACAUUGCUUUCACUAUAGU